GAGAGAGAGAGAGAGAGAGAGAGAGAGAGAGAGAGAGAGAGAGAGAGAGAGAGAGAGAGAGAGAGAGAGAGAGAGUAGUCCAGAAAGCUUUGGAGCAUUGAAAGAAGAAAGAGGACUCGCUGCUGCUACAUUUCCACAACUCUACAACCAAAAAAACAAAGUGAAUACUUGAAAAAGUUAGAAAAAGCGGCCAUGGACGGGAUAACAUUUGGACGCACGUCGCUCCUGUGCACCUUGCUGCUGUGGGCAUUUCAAGUUUGUGGCGGGGCUGUGCUGGUGAAGGUUGCUCCUGUAGUGGAGGUGAUGAAAGGAGAGUCCGCUAAACUGCCCUGCACAUACACUACCCCAGCACCUUCAGGCAACACUGUUGUUGAGUGGUACAUUGACGAGCAGGGAAACAGGAAGCGCGUGGCUUUCUCCCAGGGUGGCGAGAGAAAGAGCGAUGACGGCACCCCCCUGUCCGGACGUGUCACCAUCGGAGAGGACUUCACCUUGACCAUCUCCGAUGUCCAACCCUCCGAUGAGCUGGACUUCUACUGCCAGGUCACCGCUGGCCCAGCCGGGGUCGGAGAGAACUCCACGCUGCUCAAAGUCUUCUUUGCUCCUGAGAAGCCCGAACUCACGAAGCCUUCAAGUCAGGCCAUUUCUGUGGGAGAGACUUCCAGCUCUGAGAUUGGUACCUGUAUGGCGGUGAACGGACACCCCAUGCCCAGAAUCAUCUGGUUCAAAGAUGACCAGCCCCUUCCCGAGGUCAAGGACAGGAAUGAGAAGACCCACAUGGUUCCCUCUGUGGUGAAGGAGGCGUCCGGUCUGAAAUCUGCCAGAAGCGACCUGUACAUGCAGCCCACCAAGGCCGACAAGGACUCUGUGUUCCACUGCGUCGUGGAGUACAGGAUGCCCGGAGACGAGAUCAUGCAGAAGAUGUCCAACACCAUCACCAUCAACCUCAACUAUCCCUCUGAGAAAGCGACCUUUUCCCUUCUCAACACUGAACCAGUCAAAGAGGGCGAUGCUGUCACCAUGAAGUGUGAGACCGACGGAAACCCUCAGCCUGAGUUUGACUUCACUCACGAUGAUAAAGCUAUCAAUGGUGUGGGGGGUGUCCUGACCCUGAAAUCUGUCAAGCGCACAGACGCUGGUGUGUACAAGUGCACAGCCACAGAUUUUGAUAACCUGGAUGCUGACCUAAGUGGAGCCAUCACCCUUAAUGUCAACUACAUCGACCCUGUGAGCGUGAACCCCGCCGAGCCUCAAGUAGUGACGCUCGGAGACAAGGUGGAGUGGCAGUGUAAGACCAAGGGCUCCGCUACACACACCGUGCAGUGGAAAAAGGGCUCCGAGGUGCUCUCACAGAGCGGCACUCUGUCGAUACAAGCCGCUUCCUAUGAAAAUGCUGGAGAGUACGUGUGUGUUAGCGCCGUGCCGUCUGUGCCAGGACUCACAGCCAUGGCUAGUGUUACCCUCACUGUCAAAGGAAAGCCGAUGAUCGAGACUCCGGCUGUUGGAGAGGUCACAAAGGAAGGAGACAUGGUGACUCUGAAGUGCUCUGCCUACGGCUUUCCUGCCCCUCAGUUCACCUGGAAGCCCUCAGGAAAAGAGUCUGUAUCAGUGGAAGGGAGCAAGGUGGUCAGCUCGGUGACUCUGGAGGCCACGCCCGAGGUCAUGAAGGACGGGGUGAAAUGCGAGGCCUCCAACGAGCACGGAUCCACCAGCCAGUCCUUCCUGGUAUCUCUCAAAAGAGCAAUUGACAACUCAGCCGACAGAGCUGACUCGCAGCAGGGGGGCUCCAGCGGCGUGGUGAUAGCCGUGGUGGUGUGUGUGCUGCUGCUGCUGCUGCUGGUGGCGCUCAUCUACUUCCUGAACAAGAAGAGCAAGCUGCCCUGCGGAAAGAAGGGCAAGAAGGAAAUGGCCAGUGGAGAGGUGAACACCGACAUCGUGGUGGAGAUGAAGUCAGACAAGGCCAAUGAGGAGGCCGGUCUCCUCAACAAGAGACCGUCCUAAGAUAAGUGAUGAAACAACACAGUGAUAGAAACCGACAGAGGGAAGAAGGGAAGGAGGAGCGCAGUUACGAAGAAAACAGGGCUAUUUUUUAUUCAUUACACACGACUGGACAACGAGAGGUGGAACAUGGACAUUUGUUUGUUUUGGGACCUCGGGCAGCACAUCAUGUUUGGCAUUGGUUAAGCUUUGUUUUAUAACCUGCAGUAGACCUUUAUGAAUGGAGUUCUUGUAUUUUGUAUUUUUAGAGAUAUGUUUCACCGUGAAGAUUUAACUCCAUUCAUUGAUGCUACUACAGGUUUAAAAACCAUGUGCAAAAUCAAAAUGCUACGUCACUGGAUGAUAUUAUUAUCACGGCUUUCUUUUGAUUCUUCCUCACCAAUCACAUCUUUGGUUGACUCCUCGACAGAAUAGAGCUGCACAAUCCACACACAAUGGCAAAAUCUCUCUUAUCUAUCCCAAAUUAAACACAAAAUGCCAUUACGCCACUGUGAUUUCCUCUAGUGUGUAUCUGCAUGCAAGUGCAGCAGUGAACAUCUAUUCUGCCUUGGAGUCUGCACUUAAAUUCUGUCCUUUCUACUGGGUAUAUUUGGGAAAAUGUAUCACGCGUUGCCAUUCUGUUUUUACUCACCUCAAUAACAAGUGAUGAUUUACGCUCACAACAUUUAAUCUCGCAGCCCAUUGUUUGGCACACGCUGCUGUAACAUUUCCACUCAGAGAAGCUUUGUGUUUGCUUUAGCGCUGUGUGUUUAAUUGCAUUUUUUGCCACCUGUGAAUGUGUUUUUUACAAAUUAGUUUUCCAUUCAAACAGCCCAGGCAUUUAAUAACACCUCUCUUAAAUUGCUUGCCUUUUUCAAUCCAGCAGAAAAUCCUCCAAACAAGCAAGAUAUUAGGUUGUACAAAUUUGUUCUUGCCAGCAUACUUGUAUAUUUUGUCAGUACAUGUUUUUUUCACUUUGCUCGGCUGUUUUUUUCCUGUAAAUUAAAAUACUACUAUUACCCUGUCUGUCACACAGGAGGUGAACUGAGCAUGAGGUGGAGUUUAAAGUGUCUGUGGUUACUAAACUGCUGGCACAGGACCGUAAUAGCUACUAUUUCUAAACAAGUCUUUUUGCAGCCUUUUUACUCCUCUCCUCCUGGGAUGAAACAAGCAGCAGUUCAUCCCACAUCGCCCGAUUAUUAUCGGCUUUCACUGUAAAUGUGUUGGAAUUUGGCAAAAUGGUCAACAAUCUCAAACUGUGUACUGCUGUGUUUUUGUGACAGCAAAAUGGGCCGUUCACAGGGGCUGCAGUUACAGAUUCACCUGUUAGGAAAAAUAACUGGUUCACUCUCGUUUGAUACAAGCAGGGGAGGGAUGGGGGGGGGGUUGUUGCUGGAGUAGGUGAUGUACCUUGUUUAUUUUUACCAAAUGGACGACUAUUGAGUGUCAAAGCAGGAGUGUUUCUGUGUUUUAGGUACACAAUACUGGCAUUUUGUUUUCCCCCUACACUGUCAGCAGGCCAGAGAGGCAGUUUGACCCGUUUUACUUUGUUGUACACUGGAACCAAUGGCCUUGAUUUUUAAAAGAAUGUCAACUCAAACCACUAUCUCCGCCCACAAGGCUCGUUUUAUUUUGUAAUGUCUGUCUACUGAUCUCGCGAUAUUGACUGUUAGCAAGCCUGUGAUGGUAAGCAAAGAUAGAUACCUGAACAUCUUUUUGGUUUUUACUGUUUUAUAUAAAAUAUUGUGGUAUAAAAGUUGUUGUUUUUUAGAAAGGGGGAUUCCUAAUUUUGGAACUACUGAGUUUUCAUUUUUCCCAUGCUUUUCCACUCGCUCUGAGAGAAGAGAGAAUUGUUGGUGUUUUUUAUUUAGGAUUCUUUUUUUAGGUGAUAUUCUCAGUGCUUUACUUCUCUCUCUCUCUGUACUGUAUACUGUAUAUUUUGUGGUACGCUGUUGUGACCUCUGUGGUGUGUUGAUGUAUCUUUUUAUUUUGUUCCAGCUGUUUAGAAUUUAUAAUGAAACAAAACUCAAGAAAACCAAUCACAAAACUA